AACGAACGAACGAAUGAAAAAAUUCAAAUAAAGCACAAUUUUGAAACAAGAAUCAAAUAUAAUAAACAACGAUGAGCAUUAUUAAGUGGCGGCCACCAAACGGCAGUAGCAUCAACACGCUCUUCUCAUAUCGUGUGUCCACUACACCCAACCAAAGAAAUUUAGAUUGAUGAUCAAUUCACAACGAAUGCGUAUGCGAGAGUAUUGGUCACCAUUGCCAUUUAUACGUUUGUUGUCAUCAUCAUCAUCAUCGUCGUCGUCGUCAAAAAAAUUCAGUGUAAAUAAAACAACGGUGAACCACAAACAGAUUUUUAUUUUCGAAAAGGGGAAAAGAAAGCAUAUACAAAUAAAGUGGACAAAACGAGAAAAAAAAAUCCACGACUAUUUAAUAAAUAACAUUUGGUUGUGUGAGUGGACCAGCACGACUGGUUUGACAAAAAAAAAACCGUGAGGGAUCUAGAACAAGUCACUCGCAUUUUUGACGACCAACCACAGAGCACACGUUCGCUUUGAUCACUUUCACGAGCGAUCGCGCGCUGAUGUGACGAGAGUUCUAUUUUCAGAUAGACCACUGUAGUGCGAAUAACACAUCAGUUCCUCUUUACCCAGAAUUUUGCCAUUCGAUCAAAAAUUCUUCCACCGAUUCGUGUGAAUAUUUUUUUUUCAUGCGAAUCGGUCGUGAAACCUACGAGCCAAGUCGACACACAAGAAAUAUGAUUCAGUUAAAGUACACCAAACAACAACGUGUGACCACCGAAGUCUUAUGAAUGAGUUUGCUUGGAUUUCGUUUAGAAAUGGAAAUUUGUUUGUUGUGUAUAAACAAGCUCAAGCAUAAGAAUCAAUGUGCACACGCAUUUUGAUGCGGCAAAGUGCAAUGCAACCUGUUUUAGUUAUUUCUUGAUGCUAAAUUAAGCUUCGCUUUAAGCUUAUCUAGCUAGUAAACCACAUCGGCCGAUGAUAGCGACCACGUCUACAUCAAAAAUUAUACACGCAGUGUUCGAAAAAAGAAUGUUCGCGUGUCGCAUACCGGUUUUCGUUCGCUUCAAUUUGUUUUUAUGCUUCAUUGUUGUGCGCAAAUCGUUCGGCAUACCUCUUUUCUGUUGCGUUCACGUCCGAACUCGAAUAAAUCAUUUGCAUUAAAUUCGUUAAGUGAUUCGACUGUUCAGGCGUAGACGCAAUGCAAUUGCGGUUUCAAUGAAGUCAUUAUGAAUUUCAAAAAUGAAUCAUUUUAUGUGGAGGAAAAUAGAAUACACGGAACAAGCACAAAAACCGCAGAAGAGAAAUCAUUGGCGAGUCAAAAAUUGAUAGUUCCAUGGAAAUUUACAUCGAAAAUAUUCGAGUAAUUUUUGUUUUGUUUAUGGGCUUAACAUUUUAACCGCAAGCGCAAGAAAAUGUGCGAGUUUUUAAUUGCGUCAUGUGUAUUUUUGCGUUAAAAUUCACCCGGUUCGUGGUAUCGCCCGCAUUGUCACUUAUCGUGACAUAAAAUCACAAUGAGUGCACAAUUCGUUCACUUAAAAAAGCAUUACCAUCGAGUUCAAGGCCACUGAACGACAUUAUUUUUCGAUCAACAACAUUUUGGCUUGAUACAAAAUUUGAUCAAACAUCGAUAUGGAACUAAUUUGAAGUUUUCAAAAUACGAAAAACCUGUUAUUACCGCAAUUCAAUUGACCUUGGCGAGAUUGUUUUGAUUGCGUGCGGCGCAGCUAAAUCUUCAUCAAAUCGUCUAUAACGGAAAUGCUUUUAAUUACUAAUCGGAAAACGGUUGUUUGAUGCAAACGAAUAAAAAUGAUUUAUGCGUCGCCACACAAAGCCAUUCGUGCUUAUCAUUGCGAGAGAAUGAAAAAUUGCCACAGGUUCUCAUUCUAGAUUGAUAGGAGCAGUUCUCACGACGUCUAUGCACAUUUACUUUUUGAUCACGUUGACAUUCACAAUGUGCUUGCACAAAUAUACAACUAUAUUUUGUUUUAUAUCGCAAGAACGAACGAAUGAGCUGAAUGAGUAAAUAUUUUAUGCACGUUUGCACAUUCAACACGCAGCUUCGCAAAACACAAAACAAUAAAUAACAUAAGAGAUAUUUUUUUCUGGUUUGUCAGCUGCUAAUUAGAUGUGUAGCUUAAAGACGAGCUUGAUGCGUUUAAUGUCAUUACAGCUCAUUGAUUGUGCGUUCACCGGAAAAACUACAGAAAUCGAAAAAUUUAUCAUCAGUAAAUUGGUCGAAUCAGAUUCUAUGUCAGAAUUGCUUUUUACGUUAAUUCUGAAUCGUUUGGAUUUAUUUAAAAAAAAGAUUGGCCAAAUGAUAUCUAAAAAAAGCAUAGUCGAUUGAGCUCCUGCGAUUCAAACGUAUAUUUAACGCUAUUUUUAAACUGAUCUAUAACUGAUAACGUGUGAAUCACACGGUGUGAUAUCCACAUUAAUUUGUCAAACGAAAAAGAAGAAAUCGCCAUAGAAUUGAAUUGUGCAAUUGUAAAUUUUAUUAUUUUGUUUCUCUAGAAAUUAUAACUGAUUUUUCAACUAGUCCAUUUUCAAGAACAGAGCGGAUAUUGGACACGGCCGUGUUCUCAUAGAUUUUGUAAAAAAGGAAAAAAAUGGGUUUUUAUCUAAUUCAAAUCCGCUGUUACUAUGCUACUUCAAUGAUUCAUUAUGUGUACUCAACGACAUUGCAACAAAGUAUAUAGUGGACUUUGCAAGAUAUCACUUAUCGGCACUAUCUUACGAUAGAAAUGUGUAAUUAAAUGCAAUUUGAACGGAUUUUAGCUCUAUUUAUAAGUUAAUCAUGAUGUUUUCAAACUGAAAAUAUGCAAAACAUCACGAACUUAUUAAAAAAAAGCACACUUACACAAUAAUUAUCAGUACAAAAAAUGCAUACAGAGCAGCUUUAUGCGCGUUCAUAUUAGCAUGUUAAUUCAUAGUGGACAUUUGAGAUUUACGUCAAUGUAUGAAUUUUCAAUCGAACAUUGUAUAAAUGCUUGAUAAUGAAAAGAAAUUUUGCAGUCAUAUUCUGACAUUGAGCAUAAAACGUUCAUAUCUUGGAAGUUCCAACAAUUUCUCUAUUUAAUUUGUAAAAUUCCAUUGCAAUUUUGUUCUAAGCUUAAAUUUUUCGUUGAAAGUAUUGUUCAAAGUGUGAAAAAUAAAAUAUCUAGUUGUCAUCAGAAAAUUCUGUGAAAAGUGAAUUUAAAUUUAUCCAUUCGAUUAGUUUAAAAAAAAGUGGAGGAUAUUGAAAUGGCUAACAAGUAUGAACAAAAAUUUAUCGAUGCUGCCAUUGCUGGCAAUUUGAAUGAUGUGAGAGAUUUGAUUGAUAAUCAUGGAGUAGAUGUCAACUUCCAAGAUAACGAAAAAGGAGGAAAGGGUGCUUUACACCAUGCUUCCGUUUGGGAUCAUGAUGAAAUUAUCGAUUUUCUCAUUGAGCUUCGUGUAGAUGUAAAUCUGAAGAAUAAAAAAGGAAGGAGUCCACUUCAUCUUGCAGUCGUUUGGGGUCUUGAAGAAGAUCGAAUUAAUAAAGUUAGAACCCUUAUUCAACAUGGUGCAAAUGUACAUCUAACAGAACAUAAAGGGAAGAGCGUUCUUCAUAGAGCUGCAAAAUUUUCUAAUCCUGUAGAAAUAUUUGAUAUUCUGAUCGAAAACAAUGAGACAGUGUGUAUGUGACAAAGGAUGCUGGAGAAACUCCACUUCAUAGGGCUGCUUGGGGACCCGACUACCCAGAUCACGAGUAUAGAGAUAAUAUUGAUCCGCUAUUCUAUUUUCAAACUGCGGAAUGUCUCAUUCGAAACGGGGCGGAUGUCAAUAUCAGGGAUAAUGAUGGAAGAACUCCAUUAGAUAUAGCCAUGCUAAGGGGUAAACUGAAAACAUUUUUUUUUGAAUUUAAUACACAGAAUAUAAUGACAGACUUUUUUCUAGGAUAUGAGCGCAUCAUAGCGCUUCUGCAACGUUGAAAACGACCUUAAUAUCGAUGAUCUUUGAAUUUUUUCAAGUGAUUCCCUGUAACAUUCAAUAGUUGGUUCCACAAAACUUAUAAAUUUUCGAGAAUAUUGACAAAUUGUUCAAAUAAAAAUGCACAACACUUGCAAUAAAACUCACUCUUUUCCAAAAAAAAAAAA